AUGUUCAGCGAAGACGCAAGAGAAAUGAUCGUUCGAUCGGUCGACAUUGGAAAGACCGUCCUACAUUAUGGAUGGGUUCCCUUUGUCUUGUUUGUCGGAUUCACAAACUCUUCGCCUCGACCAAGUUUGAUCAACUACCCAUUCAAAAUGAAGAGGUUUACACUCUCAGUAGUAUUGCUGAUCGCACUGGUUGCGAGCUGCAAUGCAUUAGCACUUUGGCCAAAGCCUGCUUCAUUGCAACAUGGAAGUGGAGCAAGACGAUUAAGUUCAAGAUUCACCAUCAAAGUGUUGACAGAAGAAUGGAAAGAUGAUAGCGAUUUGCAAGAAGCAGUUCAACGAACAUUGAAACGUAUCAAUAGUUCAAGCAUAUACCCUUAUACGGUGGAUUACGGUGCAAGUCAAGCGGAAAAAGCAUCAAAAUCUUCUUCCAUCACCGCUCUGGAAAUUCGUAAAGGUUCUUCUUCUAAACGUGAUACACAUGCUUUCAUCUCACAUCAGAAGGACAAAGGCAAAGACAAGGGCAAGAAGACUGGCGAUGGUUUGUUGGCGCUCAGUGUACAGCCUUUGGAAAAUUUGGAUGAAUCAUAUACCCUAAAGGUUCCACACGAUGGUGUUGCCGUUCUGCAAUCUUCCAAUGCUUUGGGCGUCUUGCGUGGUCUUGCGACAUUCUCUCAGCUGGUCUAUCAUAGUCAAAAUGGCGAACAAUUCGUGGAUGGCGUUCCGAUUGCGAUUGAUGACAAGGCGCAUUUCCCAUACCGAGGCAUUAUGAUUGAUACCGCGCGAAACUUCCUCCAACCAAGUGUGAUCAAACAACAAUUGAAUGCGAUGGAACUGGUCAAACUCAACCAGCUUCAUUGGCACAUCACAGAUACUUCAAGCUGGCCUCUUGGUUUAAAGACAAAAGGAAUGGACGUUUUAGCAAAGAAAGGUGCAUAUCCAAACAGUAUCUAUCAACCUGAAACAAUCAAAGAUAUUGUCAAGUAUGCUGCUCAACGUGGAGUUUCUGUGAUUAUUGAGAUUGAUAUGCCUGGUCAUCAAUACAUGGGCGUGAAGGACUAUCCAGGUGACCUGAUCACUUGCGGUAACAAAAAGAACUGGGAAAAAUGGGCUGCUGAACCACCAAGCGGACAUUUAGACAUUCGCAAACCUGCCGCGACUCAAUUGAUGAAAGAUAUCUUUUCGGAGUUGACCACUUACCUCACAAGUCCGUACGUCAGCACUGGUAAUGAUGAGGUGGAAGCGCAGUGUUAUGGAUUAAAGAAGAGCGACAAGAAGGGAAUGGACAAGAUUCUUGCGCCUUUUGUGGAAUCGGUUCAUUCUCAUUUGAAACAAUUGGGCAAAACCCCAAUGGUAUGGGAAGAGGCAACUCUUGAUUAUCCAAAAACAUCCAAAUCUUUGAAACCUGGCACGCUGGUCGAAGCCUGGACGUCAUCAGCAAAUGUGAAAAAGAUUUUGAAAGCGCGAGACGAUACACGAAUCGUACAUGCACCUUCGGAUUAUUUCUAUUUGGAUUGUGGAAUGGGAGAUUUUACAGGAGGAAAUGCAGAUGGAAAGUCAUGGUGUGAUUAUAAUUCUUGGAAGCGAAUUUAUUCUUUUGAUCCCUACAAUGGAACACAAGGAAUCAAAGAUGGACAAGAACGUAUUGCAGGUGGCGAAACUGCAUUAUGGGGCGAACAAACUGAUGAUGCAAAUUUGGAAAGUUUACUUUGGCCAAGAGCAGCUUCGGCAGCAGAAGUUUUUUGGACAGGCGAAAGUGCAAAAGUUAAUGGAUCAAAACAUAAACGUACUCUUACCGAUGCCUUGCCACGUUUAUUGGAAGCUCGUGGUCGUCUUCGUGCAAUCGGAAUCAGAGCUGCUCCUUUACAGCCUCAAUGGUGUGCUAUUCGUCCAGGCCAAUGCGAUGCACCGGCGUCGUGA